UUGAAACUUAACGAAGCAGUAACCUCCUUACUCGAUUAGACUUGUGAAAAGAAAGCCAUGGAACCUACUAGCUUUAUCGACGACGCGGAGUUCUGGCUUCCGCCGGAGUUUCUCUCCGACGAUGACUUCACCGUGGAGAAGGAGAGUUUCUUAGCCGGAUUGAGCCGCAAAAUGGUUCAGUCUUCUCUUGAAGAUGAUUUCUCCGGCGCAAAGGCGUGGAGUAAGACGGCUCGUUCACCUCAAUCGAUUCCGCGAGUUUCGUCUCAGGCGGUGGAGGCGGAGGCAUGGGAUAUGUACUUUGCUGCGGCGGAGGAACUGUCGAUGAUGAAUCUUAACGGUUAUAACAACCUCAAUAAUGGCAGAGGACUUCUUGAUCUCCCCAGAAAACAUCCUAACGACGGCUCUGGCUUCUACAGCCGUCAAUCUCUACAAUACCAGAAGCUUCAAGCUAUUCAUGUAAAUCAAAUCACAUACCUCUCAGAGUAUCUUCUUGAACAUUUGAAUUUUUUUUUUUUUUUGGGUGCUGAUUUUUUUUUUUUUUGUGUGCAGUUUCAGCAGCUAAAGCAGCAACAGUUGAUGAAACACCAUCGUCAAUUAGCGCAGCAGAGAGUGAAUAAUAAUCACAUAAAAGGUUCUGGUCAUGUGGAUUUGGCUCCAUCUGCAUGGCCACAGAGGCGUUCUGUUUUCCUUGGUGACCGUACCGGGAAACGUGGUUCAACCGGAACCGGUGUUUUCUUGCCUCGUAGCGUUAACCAAACUUCCCCUGUAACCGCCGAGACUCGCCAGAAGCACACUCUUGGUACGGUUCUGGUUCCGGCUAGAGUGGCGCAGGUUCUUAACCUACACGAGUCUAUGGGUCACCAGCCAGCGGUGCGGUCUUCGGCUAGUCUCAACGAUGUGUCAUGGAGACAGAGGAGCAACAAUGGUGGAUACUCGAGCCAGAUGAAGAUAGAACAUGCAGUGAGCGAGCCUCGGUUACCUUCGGAGUGGGCUUAUUGACCACUUUUUGGGCCUUUUAGGAAAGAUUUGAAGAAAAGUGAAGGGAGGAAUAAAGAUUAUAUUUUGAUGCAAGGUCAGCGUAGUGAAGUAGUGGCAGAAUUAGGGUUUAUAAUAGAUAAAGAGAGGAUAAAGAUGAAGGAAGAUGUGGACAAGGACGAGGUUUUGGAUCGUUUAACCACCAUUCUGAUGAUCAUUAGUAGAAGAACAAAAGGAAUUUAAUAAUAUCAGUCUGUAACCGGGCUGUUGUUUUAGCAUCCCCUUCUCUUUUUCACUUUCUUUUGUUCUACAAGCUCUUAAGCAAUAGAGAAAGUAUUAGUAAAAAUAAAGGAUUGUUUAAUAAUUUUGUUUGCCAAUAUUAUUAGAUGCAUUUCCGAAAAAAAUUUGCAUGCAGAACCAUACUAAUAAUUU